GAGCUUUUGUAUAUUAUAAAUACCGGGGACGUACACGUUUGGGAAGGUUGGUGUCAUGUAGAGAGUCGCCAAAGCUUUUUCUGGCAUUCAGUCACGCAUUGGUAGCAGACAGCAUUGUUCGCUGGGAGUCCCCGCGUUACUGGGAAGCUGUAGGAUGGACGAGGACAAUCUCCUAGCACAAUACCAGAAUUGGCUGGUCACUUCCUGUGAAGGUGGAGUAACUACACCAUGCAGUAUUACACGGCUACUCACGGAUCAUUUGCUGGAGGAGCCAGAGUUACAUGGUGCCCUGCGAAGUGAUGCCUUUUCUCUGAUUGCCUGUAGCAUACGACAGAAAAAGGGGUUGCACUCUGCUUUACAGGAUCUUGCUGAUGCCUUCAAUUUACUUGAACAGGCCUGUCUGCAUCUUUAUUUUACACCAUGGAGAACAGAAUUUCAUACCAUAAAAACAUACUCUGGACUGUAUGUGCAUGUUCUGGAAGCAGCUUUUCCUAAGGAUUCAAUCGGCAGGGUUCUUCAGCGGUUGGGCUACAAACAGGAAGAGGAUGGGCAGAGUUUUGUUAUGGCAGAGCUGCCCCCAAGAGAGACCUUGGCUGCAAUUGCACUUGGUUUUCUGGCUGCUCACUUGGAGUGUUGCAUUUUGUUAGAUAUCCUGUCAAAGAUGAGUUCAGGUGAAGUGACAGGGAUUGAAUUAAUUGGAGAAAGGAGAAGCUCCUGUGGAGUAGCAUCCUGUGUAAGGAAGCUACAGAAGUUGUCAACAUUACCAAUUGCCAAAAGUCCCAGCUGUGCAGAGACCUGGAGCAGUAGAGACGGGCUUAAUUUGUCCCAACCACAAUUCAAUGAUUUGUAUCAAAAGCCUUUUAGCCAACACACAAGGGGUCAGUGUAAGGAAAAGAUGAAAACCCUCCCACUAGUGGAUGAACCUGGGAAUGUGCCUACAUUCAUCGAGACCAAGACAUACACAGCUGGAAUCCAUUUGGAAUUUAGUUUACAUGACUGUGUGUUCUCUGACCUCUCACUCGAAUUUAGAUGCUCACAGUGUCAAAUGCAACAUAGUGCUAAGUGCUCCGUGACUGGAGAGUGUAUGUCAGCAGGGCAUAAUAUUUCUCAGUUAUCAGUGUCUGAGAAGCAUGAGGUAGUAAAGGAAGCAGAAAAGAAUAAAUAUAACCAGCAUUCUUGUCUACAGCCUGGCAAUCUGCCUCAUUACCGCUGUUCCUUAUGCAAGCAUUUGCACUACAUAAAUUGUGAGGAGGUUGCACUUUGUCGUGCACAGGGACACCCGGCAACCAUGAUAAUGUUGGAGAAGGAUCAGAGGCUGUGGCUACAGAAGAGUGCAAUGGACCUACAUUUAAUUCUCCUGAAUAUUGUCAAGCAGACAGGAGAGGAAAACAAAAACUAAGCUAAGUUUGUAAAAUUAGGAGAAUAAAGAUUUGCAGUGUGAUAAAACAA